GUUAGCCUGGUCACGAGCUCGUAAUGUAGCGUCAGUCGGUGAAGCGGUAGUCGUCAUUUCAUUCUCCGAGGGUAGAGACGCACACUGCAGCUUUAACGUGACAGAGACGCUCCACAAUGGUGAAAAUAUUCAUUGGGAACUUGUCACCAGACACCACAUCAGAUGAACUUCGCUCUCUCUUCUCCCAAUAUGGCAAGAUUGCAGAAUGCACUAUUGUCAAGAACUUUGGCUUUGUGCACAUGGACGACAAAGCGGAGGCAGAAGAAGCCAUCCGCAACCUCCACCAUUAUGAGCUGAAUGGCCAGCCCAUGAAUGUAGAAUUGAGCCGUGGGAAGUCGAGAGGAUCCACAAAACUACAUGUAGGCAACAUUGCCUGUACCAACCAGGAGCUGAGGGCGAAGUUUGAAGAGUUUGGUGCUGUGUUGGAGUGUGACAUAGUAAAAAACUAUGCUUUCGUUCACAUGGAGCGAAUGGAAGAUGCCAUGGAGGCCAUUAGUCAGUUAGACAACACGGCUUUUAAAGGCAAACUGAUGAGCGUGAAGCUUUCGACUAGCCGCCUGCGUACUGCGCCGGGAAUGGGAGACAGAUCGGGUUGUUAUCGUUGCGGGCAGGAAGGUCACUGGUCCAAAGAAUGCCCUCUAGACCAAAAUGGCUACCACAGAAACGGCUCAGAGCCAAAGUCUGAUGGAUAUGAUGCCUCGAGAUUUGGCGGGCGUGGUCGCAGCAGGGGUUAUCAUCCGGACUUCAGUGGCGAUCCAGAUUAUGGUGCCGGCUAUGCUCCAGUACAUGGUUUUUCCCGGGGUUCUGGUCACGGCAGCAACAUGGCAGGGUACAGAAGGGGCGCAGGCUACGAAAGUGCAAUGAGAUAUGGGCCGCCCCCAGGUUACGGCAUAAGUGCUGUUGCUGAACAUAGCAUGGCUCGGAUGUAUGGCAGCGAGGCGGCAUACAGGAGCAACGGCUCACUCUAUGGCGCGGUACCAGCCUACCCGAUGCGACGGUCGCCUUACGAGGAAAGGGAUCCGUACGGGGUCGUGGACUACUACGAGAAGUACAGGGCCAAUUCUUAUGGAGGCAGUUAUUUCGAAGAACGUCGCGCUGUCCCCUUGCCUGGUCCAUCAGCAUCGACCUCUACAGCUUUAAUGAGGGAACGUCUGCCCCCCUCUAGCCUUGAACCAUACGAGUGCCCCCUUCCUCCUCCACCAGCCCCAGUCUCCUCAUACUACGCACGUGACCGGAGUCCGAUUCGGAGAGUCCCUGCUGAGGCAGAUGGAUAUUCAUUUGAGCGUUCGCGCCUUUCCCCGGUGCCCACCCUCCCAAGAAGUUCUACCUUUGAACAUCCGCGGGAUCCCGGCACUGAGCGGCCACGAUAUACAUACUAAUCAUAGUCCCACACAGUCAGGCGAGAGCUGUCUGACAUUUAGUGGAUAGAAUAGCCUAAGUGCCAUUGGAAUAACUGAAAAUUAAACAUUAAACAGUAUAUCUUAUUGGUAAUAUUAGAGGCAAAAGUCAUCCCUUUGUGUAUGUGAGGCGUAUGGGUAGUAAGAAUAAGGUGACAUUAGAGCUUGCCAAUCGUCAUAGCCAACAAGAAGAUUUCGAUGUGAAUGGUUAACUACAUUGACAUUAUGCUGUGAUCUCAUUCCAGGUUAUACUUCAAAAUGCAGUACAACUAAUGCUCAGUUGACCACCUUUCGUUGUCCAGUUACAUGUUGUGGUGUUGGUGCAGUGCUGAGAUGGCUUAGCCUAAGUGUGGAAGUACAGAUGCUGGGUUUAUCUCCAACCUGGUUGACUUCUGUUCAUCAUACUAAAAGAACAGAACUCUUGCGCCGCUGAAAGUAGCUAUAUGUUCAUCCACUAUUUAGCCUCUGUUAAUGGAAACAAAUUAAAUUAGUGCAUGGUGCAUGUUUUAAAGGUGAGUCUUAGGGUUAUGUUAAUUAAAUUUCAUACGUUCUUUUUAGCUGUAUCUAGCGUAUUACUAUGUGCUUUUUAGUGUAUUUGUGUUUGUGUAAGUUCACAUUGUUACUACAUAUGUGGAGCAAUUAUGAAACAUUUGAAUACUGUAUGCUUCAUCACCUACACUGUUUGACCUGUGGACUUUAAUGUCACACCUGUACCAAAUACGGAUCUGCAAUGUGCGUGGUAGAAAUGGGUAAACUUUUGCAUUUGGGUUAUAUCAAACCUUUUGUGAAAUUAAGUUGAACUUUUUAUCAAGGUGCAUCAUGAUUUUUUUUUUUUGUCACUUGACAGAUUACUUACAUUAAAUUGAUUUUCAUUGCUGUGAUAAACGAGGCUUCACAUCUUGAUCAUAUAUUGUCGUUUCCAAAUGAAAAUGACCUCCUAUGCUGUCUGUCUUGAUUUCUGGUAGAUUCAUAUUAAAAUCUGU